AAAGAAACCGUAUAUCUCUGGCCACGACCUUGUCCGAAUUAUGUGGUUGAUUAAACAAAAUUCAGCGUUCAAUGUAGCAAAAUGAAAUCACAAUGUGCAAUCGAAUCAGUUCUUUUAAUUAUUUACGUUAUGGUACAUGUAGUUAACGCACAAAGCAGAUAAAGGAAUGUGCAUCCGUCUAAGUCAGCCUGUGAAAACCGCGUCAUCUGCGACACCUUGUGUGCGAACUGGAGUUCGAAGUCUUGGUUGUAUGCCUGCAAGAUGCCAUCUUCUACACCCAAGCUCAACUGAAACAAAAGAAAAUCAUUCAGUUAUAUCAAUCUGGCCAAUGUUCUGUGCAACAAACUGUGUCAUAAACUCACAUGUUACAAAUCUAAUAACCGUGUAGAGAACAUCAAUUUUAAAUGUAUCUUC